GUAAAGGCACCAUCAACUCGUUCUUCCUGUCCUGGUUCACCGGGUCAAUGCGCCUCGUGUCUAGGACAAUUUGGGUACAGCUUUCAGCGUUGAAACGCAGCUCCAGUUUAGGUAAGAAGAACUGUGAUCAACACGGGGGUGGAAGACUCGUGACAACAUGCCGCAAGAGAUUCAGAUGCUGGUCUUUUGCUGUUUCACAGUUGCUCUGUCAAUUGUUGCCACAAUGGUCUGUUUGAACGAGAAAGGACCCCGCAGACACCGAGCAUUGACGAAGAGCAAGGUGCCCUCAGACUACUGAUCAGAGGUCAGUUUUGAAAUCCCGCCAACGAAGUCAACGGUUGUAAGGGGCUGGUAACACAGAUCCCCGGUCAGUUAAUCAAAAGUACGAAGAUACGCAUUUUCUUAACGACGUAAAUGAUAAACACAGACGUCUGGGCUGUAGCUAGCAUGCAAAUAGUAUAUCUGUACAAUAUACCGUCUUGGUUCCCAGGUUAAAAACACUCAUCAGUGUCCCCACUUGUCCUUCUAAGAUACCGAAAUGGCCAGUUAUUGCUGUUUGGGAAAUCGCUUCCCUGCGGCUUUGAUGCAGCUAAGAGCAAAGAUCCAGACCAGACGUCCAUUAUAAUCCGCAGUGUCAACAUCUCCGUUCAACUCCUUGUGGUGCCGAUUGCUCUCGAAGCGCGCCCUCUUGGACCCGCUAUGCAAGCGAACACAACGCGGGGCUUCUUGUGGUCGGACGUGGAGACGAGAACCUUGUUGAACAUCUGGGGGGAGCAGGACAUCCAGGUGGCGCUGGAUGGAAACUUCCGCAACAGCUUCGUGUACCGCGACGUAUCCCGCAGGCUGGCGGCAAUGGGCUUCGAGAGGACGCCGGAGCAAUGCAGGGUGCGGAUCAAAAGCCUCAAGAGACAGUAUUUGUUAGCAAAGGAAGGUAAUCUGCGCAACAACGGACAGUAUCACAAGAUUUGCAAGUUUUAUGACGUCAUGGAGGGGAUUUUGAGCAACCGGCCCGCCCUUGAUCCCCAGGAGUUCAUAGACAGCGGGGCGGGAGGAGAGGAGGCCGUGGAUGGCCUGGAGGAGGAUGGAGAAGAUGCUCAGGAUGCAUACUCGGAGAGCACCGGGGAGUGUCCCUAUCCUGCAGAGACUGAAGUGAAGCUGGAAUACCCAACUGUUCCCAUUUCUAUUCCAGUUAAAGUGACAGUCGGCAAUAACAGCACUCCAGUAAGGCCGCACAACAGCAGCCAGUCGGCCAUUAAUCUGUCGACCAGAACGCCCAAGCGGCCAAGGAAGCGGCGCGCUAACUUCCCCAUGGAGAAACUGAUGGAGCAGUUCCUGGAGCAGAGCGCCCAGGCCGAGGACGGCUUCUACCGGAUGGAGGAGCAGCGCUUGCAGGCAGAAGACCGGCGCAGGGAAGCCGAACACGCCAGGGAGCUGCAGAUGCUUCAGAUGCUCGGUCAGAUGUUCUCGGGCAUCUCCUCGGCCAGACCCGGCUCUGCGGCACCUCCCUCCAAAACCGCUGCGCCUGCCCACGCUCCCACGCUCUCCAGUGCCUCCCCGUCACGCACACGUGGCCAGUCCAGUCGUCUCAGGCGCCCGUCACCCCCGACAGACUGUUGCACCCAACAGAAUCAAGUGGGGAACCCAGAUCCCAAGGGAUUAGUGUUUGAACGCUACUACAGUUUGGGGUCGACGUCACACACGGGCAUGGAUGAUGACAUGCUCGCGUUGGUAAAGAACCUAGUGCCUCCACUGACAUCCAAAAAGCACAAGGGACAAGACGGACGUAUCGGGAUCAUUGGAGGAUGUCAAGACUAUACUGGCGCUCCGUACUUUGCCGCCAUCUCAGCGUUGAAAGUGGGGGCUGACUUGUCUCAUGUGUUCUGCACCAAAGAUGCUGCAACCGUAAUCAAAUCAUACAGCCCUGAGCUCAUAGUUCAUCCGGUUCUGGACAGUCCCAACGCAGUGGAAGAGAUAGAAAAAUGGCUCCCAAGACUUCACAGCCUGGUGGUGGGACCGGGUCUGGGGAGAGAAGACGCAAUACUGAAAACAGUCAAGGAGGUGAUAGAGAGGUCUAAAGUGAGAGAUAUCCCGAUAGUCAUUGACGCAGACGGAUUAUGGCUAGUUACACAGCAACCAUCUGUUAUCCAUGGGUACCCGAAGGCCAUCCUCACACCUAACUUCAUGGAGUUUACUCGACUGUAUGAGGCACUGCACCAUGAGCCCAUGGACAUCAGUGACCAUCACCGCAGCAUCAUGCAGCUCAGUGUAGCCAUGGGCAACCUGACUGUGGUGCUCAAAGGAGAACAUGAUCUCAUCACAGACGGCAGCAUGGUGAUCUCCUGUAGUAUUGAGGGCAGUGGGAGAAGAUGUGGUGGACAGGGUGAUCUUCUAUCUGGAUCGCUUGGCGUGUUGGCACACUGGGCCCAUGCUGCCUCUGCAGCUGGUAUGAGGAGAAGUGUAAAUCCAUCGAUGGUUGCAGCAUUCGGGGCUUGUUCUCUCACGAGACAGUGCAACAGCCAAGCCUUCCAGCGACAUGGCAGGUCCACCACCACAUCGGACAUGAUCGAGGAGAUUGGAUCCGCCUUCAAGAAGCUAUUUGAAAGCUGAAAUAAAAAAUUGGUGUUUUAAAAUCUAUACACAUACAUAGUCAAUUUGGCAUUGUUAAAAACUGCUAAUGUAGGAUAUGGGUGUGCUUCAAGAUACAUUUGAAUGAAAAUAUGAGGACGCUCAAAUUCUGGUGCAGAAAAAUGACUUUUUGUUUCAGUUGUAUUAAAUGAACCCCGUCAGAAAACCAACAAAUACUGUUCCAUUUCUAUUUGGUAAGUAAUGCUGAAUGCAUUUACCAAACAUGCUAAGGUAGCAUCAUUUUUCACAACCCACCAAAGAGACUAGGAUGGUGAGAUAAAUAGGGCCACUGUAAACCAGAAACCUGUUUGAAUUUAUAUAAAUAAAUAUGAAUUUGUUUGAGUGAC